AUGAUUGCCUGUAGGCCCCGAACGACUCUUCCAGCCCUUUUCAUGCGCUCCAAUUCAACUGUGGCCUCUAAACCUUUGAGUCUGCCCCGCCUUCCUGUCCCGGAACUGCGCCCUACUCUUGACCGCUAUCUUAAAUCUCUUGAACCUUUUCUCUUAGAGGACGAAAGUCGCGGUGGCAUCUCUUUCAAAUCUGCAUAUGCUUUGCGAGUAAAGUGGGCUGAAGAGUUUGCAAAUGGUGUUGGUCGGCUUUGUCAGGAACGUCUGCUCGCUCUCGACAGAGCUUCCCCAAACAACUGGCUUGACGAUAACUUCUGGACCAACAAGGCAUAUCUCGAAUGGAGAGCGCCAUUGGUCGUAAACUCCAAUUGGUGGCUUGCUUUCCUUGAUGACGACCGGAUUCCUGUGGAUGUCAAGGAGGAGGAGCAAGUUGGAAUUAGUCCGUGGCAAAUUCGCCGUGGGGCUUGGCUAGUUCAUCGUGUCCUCCAGUUCAAAAAUCUCCUCGACAGACAGGAACUAUAUCCAGAAACAACUCGAACAGGCAUCUGGUUGCGCGGCAGUACGGCCAAAAUGUUCAACAUCGCACGGAUACCCAAACCUAAAUGUGAUAUCUUGUCGAAACCAGUGUCCAUGGCCAACCAAGACGCCCAAAAAUUCUACGUCAUGAUUCAUGGCUGGUGCUAUACGAUUGCCGCAUACCACCCAACUUCGUCUCCGACUCUUGUCGAGGUUCAAGAUCUUGAAAACAGGAUACGGGCUGCUGUCCUUGAUGCUCAACAUCGGCUGGCAAUGGGGGAACAGCCUCCUCGCAUAGGCGCCCUCACUGCCGAUCACCGUGACAAAUGGACAGAGAAUCUUCAACGCCUACUCUCGUUAUCUUCUCAAAACCAACGAACACAUCGCAUUAUUUCCCAGUCACUGCUCGGUCUUAGUCUUGAUGCCAUCCCAUCUCCUAACAAAAAUCUACACAUGUCUCACCUCCAUGCCAUUCGCUCGACCAAUUCCAAUGUUACCAACCGCAUAUUUGAUAAACCAUUAACCCUGAUAGUCGACCCUUCCACUCGUGCGGGGGCGUCUGGAGAGCAUUCUCCAUGUGACGCCUUGGUCCCGAGUAUUGUAGCAGAAUGGGCAUUGGUCGAAGGCAUCGACCCUGCGUCUUUUGAUUCAAUCGAACCGAUAGCUUUGUCAACAUCUCCUCCAGUUGAAGGCUGGGAGCGCCUUGACUGGGAUGUAGACGAGAAAACCGCCGCUGAAUGUACUGAUGCUGUCCAACGCGCUAAAUCGAUUGUGGACGAUUCUGAUGCCGCUGUAUAUUGGUUCCAAGACUAUGGCACGGACUGGAUUAAGACCGCAGUCAAACAGUCACCAGAUGCGUACAUCCAAAUGGUUUUACAGCUCGCCUACUACAAAACGCGGGGCGAAUUUUCGGCAACAUACGAGACCGCUUUGACUCGGAUGUUCAAACGGGGGCGAACAGAGACGAUUCGGACAUUCACCAAAGAGAGUCGAGCAUGGGUUCUUGCGAUGCUAGACCCAGAAGUUUCUCAACAAACCCGGCGCAGUUUACUCCACGACGCCUUGCAUACGCAUUCGACGCUGACUCGCGAAGCGGCCACCGGUCGUGGGAUCGAUAGACACUUGCUCGGGCUCAAACUCAUGUUACGACCUCUGAGCGGCGAAGAGUCGUCUUUCUUUGACGACGAACUGUUCCAACGCAGUCAGACAUGGAAACUCAGCACGAGCGGUCUUAGCGCUGGCCAUCUAUUCAGAGGCACUGGGUUUGGGGCGACGUACGAUGAUGGCUAUGGGAUAAACUAUCUUGCCUCGCCAGACAUGAUCAAGUUUGGUAUCGAAUCCAAGGUCUCCUCCCCGCACACAUCAAGCAAAGGCUUAAAAGAUGCCAUCUUCGACUCCUUACAUGACAUGCGGACAUUGUGUCUCACAACCAGUAGCCAUACCACACACACUGCUGAGCCUCCACAUACUGACACUAUACUUUCAAGUCGACUAUAG